GUUAAAGACUUUUCUAAGGCACGAAUUCGAAUAUGUGCACCAGUGAAUUCUAAGACACUGGAUGGUUAAAAAAAAUUCUUUUGUCAUAUUUUUGCUUUUCCAGAAAAGUUUACUUGUGUAUCUAUUUAUAUUUUCCAAAAUAAUUUACUUGUGGAGAAUAGCCUGCGAAUAAGAUGAUUCUAGCAACUACAGCAAGGCCAACAACUUAUGCCAUCAAUACCAGCACCAACACUAGUGAGCAUCGACGCCAUAUCCUCCAAAUCUUGACACAAUGCACUUCCAUUUCUCAGCUCAAACAAGUACACGCCUAUACUCUUCGUACAACCACAUUUGACAACACAGACACCCUUUUCCUCUACAGCAGAAUUCUCCAUUUUGCCUCCUUACAUGACCUUAACUAUUCUUUUCAACUCUUCAGUAAUUUAGAAAACACCAAUUCCUUCAUCUGGAAUACUCUUAUUAGAGCUUGUGCUCAUAGUAAUAAUCGUAAAAAUGAAGCCUUUUUGCUUUUUUAUAAAAUGGUUACAAAUGUUGAGCCUGAUAAGCAUACUUUCCCAUUUGUGCUCAAGGCUUGUGCUUAUCUUUUUGCACUUUCUGAAGGGAAACAAGCACAUGGGUUUGCUUUGAAACUUGGGUUUGAUUCAGAUGUAUAUAUAAACAAUAGUUUGAUUCAUUUUUAUUCGUCUUGUGGGUGUUUGAAGGAUGCUAGGAGAGUGUUUGAUAAAAUGCCUGAGAGAAGUUUGGUGUCUUGGAAUGUUAUGAUUGAUGCUCUUGUUCAAUCGGGUGAGUUUGAAAGUGCUUUGAGAAUGUUUUCUGAGAUGCAAAAGAUAUUUGAGCCUGAUGGGUACACAGUGCAGAGUGUUCUUGAUGCUUGUGCUAGCUUCGGGGCGUUAUCUUUGGGAAUGUGGGUACAUGCUUAUGUUUUAAGGAAGUAUGAGAGCUUCUUAGAUUUUGAUUUGCUUGUUAACAAUUGUUUAUUGAACAUGUAUUGCAAAUGUGGUUCGUUGGAUAUAGCUGUUCAGGUUUUCGAGAGGAUGAGCAAACGUGAUUUGAAUUCUUGGAAUGCUAUGAUAUUAGGAUUUGCAAUGCAUGGGGAGGUUGAGGAAGCGUUUCGUUGUUUUGACGAAAUGGUUAUCAAGAGAGUAAUACCGGAUUCAAUCACAUUUGUUGGUAUUUUGAGUGCUUGUAAUCAUAGAGGUUUGGUUGACGAGGGCCGUAGCUAUUUUGAUAAAAUGGUUUUUGAGUAUAAGAUUAGGCCUGUUUUAGAGCACUAUGGUUGCCUGGUUGACCUUCUGGCUCGUGCGGGGCGUAUUGUUGAAGCUCUUGAUGUUGUUUCAAACAUGCCAAUGAAACCUGAUGCAGCAAUAUGGAGAAGUCUUCUUGAUGGUUGCUGCAAGAAAAAUGCUGACAUAGAACUUAGUGAAGAAGUGGCAAGAAAAGUAAUUGAGUCUGAAGGCAGUGACACUAGUGGUGUUUAUGUUCUUUUGUCAAGAGUAUAUGCAACUGCUAACCGAUGGGACGAGGCUGGACUGAUUAGGAAAUUGAUGACCGAUAAAGGUAUUAAAAAAGAUCCAGGCUGUAGUUCAAUUGAAAUUAAUGGCGUUUUCCAUGAAUUUUUCGCUGGAGAUACUUCUCAUUUGCAUACUAGAGAAAUUUACAAGUUUUUGGAUGUUAUAGAAGAAAGACUCAAAUUAGCAGGGUAUGUUCCUGACUUGUCACAAGCAUCAAUGGUUGAUGAACUUGAUAAUGGGAAGAGACGGUCGCUUAAACUGCACAGUGAGAGACUUGCCAUUGCUUAUGGACUUUUGAAACUGAAACCGGGAAUUCCUAUACGCAUUUUCAAGAAUUUGCGAAUCUGCAGUGACUGUCACAAUGUAACCAAAUUAAUUUCGAAAGCUUUUGACGUUGAAAUUAUUGUUAGAGAUCGUGUUCGGUUCCAUCACUUUAGGAAUGGGUCCUGUACCUGCAAAGAUUACUGGUGAAAACAAUGUACAAUACUAACAUUUAUCAAUCCAAUUGUCAAUUCAUACAAUUCUGUCUUGAAUUUUCGCAAAGAUUUAGUGUGUAAUGGAAAUUUUGACUUAAACUAGGGAGGUUCUUA